ACUGUGUAUGGCAAUGAAAAAAUCUCCACUUCAGGCAAAUACUGGGGUCUAGGGAAACAUGAAUCUCCCGACUUCUUCAUUUUAGAUACCAUGUCUUCAUUCAUACAAGACUUGACAGGAGCCUUCUUUUGCCGAAGAAGCCAGCCAUCACUGCUGUUAUCAUCUUCCUCCAUCGAAAUGCAGGGAAGACCCAGGUUCCUAUCUCAGGAUCAGAGACCAUAGAGUGCGGGGUUUGCCAAAAUCCUUUCCUUGUUUUAGCGCGCAUUGAUCAUCAUCUUACCCGCUUUCUUUGUUGGUUGACAGGAUGACAUAUAUUAUCAGUUAAAUGUAUGAGAUUUGAUCAUUUCUUAUUGAAUUGUGUUUGAUUACAACGAAAUAAGUUGUUGGUCGUGUCUCAUGUGGGUGUUGCUUCCCCUUUGUGUUGUGUAUAUGAAAGUCUUUCGGGUGAUGAACAGUCUUGUUUCUCUCUGAUGACUGAUUGUUUGUUUAAAUGUCUGACCAUUUAGAUUCUCCGAGAGAUAUAAAUUACAUUAUGAUUUCAUUGUGUUCAUGUGAGAGCUAGAUAUAAACUGGGAAACUUGCCCUUUUUAUGGUCGUAUAGUAUAACAUUUAUAUAUCUAUACGAGCUGAUCCUUAGUGUAAUGCAUAUAUUUUGCUACUUAUUAAUGAUUAUGGUCAUGUCACCAUUGAAAUGAAUUAAGUGCAACAUAGAGUCCAUAACUCUGACAACAGCAAUAACAACAAAGGUCUACAACACCCAUUUAUAGUUUUAUACCAUGGCCUUUAGCGUUUUGAGUUUGCUAGUCAAGGAUAUACGUUUAAACGCAACAGUCCAACGUAAUUGACAUAUCUAACUAAUCGGGUUUCACGUUUGUAUGCAAACAUGCCAUCUUCCUCUCUUGUAUCAUAUUAUGUGCAGUUGUACUAUAGUCAUGACUCACGUCUAUAACAUGCGUGCGAGAAAUGGGGGUAAAUAGAAUAUUCAAAGGUAUUAUAAAACUUCAACAAACUCAGUAUUCUUUUCGAUACUUCUUCUUCUUCUUCUUCCUCGAGCUCAUGUUUGUGUGAUCACUUGUUAUUUUCGAUACUUCUUCCUAGCUCGAGCCCGUGUUUUUUUGAUCACUUGUUCGAGUUGUUAUAAAUAAUAAAUGGAAGCAUGUUCUAUUUUCUUACUUUCUUUGGAUAGAAACAAUGUUGAAGUAGUGUAUAUAAAAUAAUGCAAAACGAGAGUGAGACUAGUGAUGAAUUACGUAAUAUCAGGAAAGUUCGGAAUGUGUGAAUGAGAAGAAGCCAUAGAAGACAAGUUUCUUCUUCUUGUAACCAUCAAAACCGCAUGCUUGUGUCCGCAAUUUAUUUUUAUCUGAAUAGAGACACUUAUACUAUUUCUUUUUGUCUUACACUCCUUUAUAUUCCGGAGCUUCGUAACAAGUUCUUUUUUUUCCUUAUCAGACGUGUAAGAACAUAUAACCAAUAUGAUGAAAUAUAAUGUUGUUUCGCCUUCGUGUUCCAAACUAUUCCGAUGUGUUUUGUUCCUCCCACUCUUUUUUAUCUUCUUCGUUGCCUCAGCUAGACACUUAGAGCAAGUUCCUGAGCCGAGUCCAAGGCCAGCCCCGGUUCCACAACCGAGUCCAAAGCCGAAGCCAUCUCCAAGUCCAGGGCCAACCCCGGCUCCAGAGCCAAAGCCAUGUCCAUGUCCAAGUCCAGGGCCAGCUCCGACACCCUCGCUCCCUAGGCCACGCAACACGACGUUUCCUGCGAUCUUUGCAUUUGGGGAUUCAAUUGUAGACACAGGAAAUAACGAUUACAUUUCAACAUUAGUCAAAGCUAAUUUUCCCCCCUAUGGCAUGAAUUUUCCACACGGACUUCCCACCGGUAGAUUUUGCAAUGGCAAGAUCCCUGCUGAUUUUAUAGCGGAAUUUUUAGGAGUAAAACCAACUUUACCGCCAUACUUGAAGCCAGGGCUAACCCAAGAAGAUCUCAUUACUGGUGUAUCAUUUGCUUCGGGUGGUUCUGGCUUCGAUCCUUUGACACCUAUCGUUGUAAGCGCAAUACCGAUGUCAAACCAGUUGACAUAUUUUCAAGAAUAUAUAGAGAAAGUAAAAGGCUUUGUGGGAAAAGAGAAAGCUGAGCACAUAAUAUCCAAAAGUCUAGCCAUUGUGAUUGCGGGUAGCGAUGAUCUAGCUAACACAUACUAUGGUACACAUGCAGAAGAAUUAUUAUAUGACAUCGAUGCAUAUACCUCUUAUAUGGCUAGCUCUGCUUCAAGUUUCGCUAUGCAACUAUAUGAAUCUGGAGCAAGAAAGAUAGGAUUCAUUGGUGUUUCGCCAAUCGGGUGUAUACCGAUACAAAGAACCGCAAGAGGGGGACUUAAGAGAAAGUGUUUUGAUGAAAUAAACGUUGCAGCUCAGCUUUUCAAUACCAAACUCUCAAGAAGUUUGCAUUCAGUGGCCGAGACCUUGAAAAACGCCACUUUGGUGUAUAUUGAUAUCUACUCUCUCUUCGCUCAUAUGAUCCAAAACCCCAAAGAAUAUGGAUUUGAUGAGAUUGAUAGAGGAUGUUGCGGGACAGGGAUGGUCGAAUUAGGCCCGCUUUGCAACCAAUUUACAUCACUUCUUUGCAGCAAUGUAUCUUCUUAUAUGUUUUGGGACAGUUACCAUCCAACGGAAAGAGCUUAUAGAAUUUUAACCAAAAAGUUUGUAGAGACUGACAUGAGCCCUUUUUAUGACAAAUAAAUGUAGAUUUAAGAUGUGUCCGUUGAUGAUAUAAUUUGGCUAAAUAAAAGCUGUAACUCAUUUGGUUUAAUGUAUUUUUUGGAACAUUAGUUGGUAUAAUGUUUUAGUUCCUGACUAUGGUAUGAUACGUAUAAUAUUAACA